AUGGAUAGACCACUAAUGCCUCUGAAACUCACAUUCAUGAUUGCUUUAUUAGAGGCUGUGAUUAUUACCUCCUCAGCGGCUUCUUUUGUUAGAGACGAUGACAUACUGGUAGAACCAUCCAAGCUGGAGAUGUUUGUGGAUGAGGUUCCUGAUAUGCCCAGAAUCCUUGGCUAUGAGAUCCUUCGUGGAAACCCCAAACCCAAAUCACUUCAGAUUGGCAUGUUCCAAAAGAAUUGGAAAUUCCAUAGGGAUUUACCUCCCACACCAGUUUUCGCCUACGGUGUAGACCAACAUACUGCAACAGUCCCUGGUCCAACAAUUGAAGCCCUUCAUGGAAUUGACACAUACGUGACGUGGCAAAAUCACCUCCCUUCAUAUCACAUCCUCCCAUUAGACCCCACCAUUCCCACAGCCAUGCCCCACUCCAAGAAGGGCAUUCCCACAGUGGUUCACCUCCACGGUGGCAUCCAAGAGCCCCAAAGUGAUGGUCAUCCAAAUGCUUGGUUCACUGCCAGAUUCAACGAAACGGGACCCACUUGGUCUAAAAAAACCUAUCAUUAUCCAAACAAUCAACACCCUGGAAUCAUGUGCUAUCACGAUCAUGCCUUAGGAUUGACUAGAGCCAACCUCCUUGCUGGCUUGUUCGGAGCCUACAUCAUUCGCCACCCUCUGAUCGAGCACCCUCUCAGAUUACCCAAUGGUGAUAGCUUCGAUCGACCAUUGAUGAUCUUCGAUUUGAGCUUUCACGUUAAUGGUUCCUUAUACAUGAAUUCCACCGGAAACCACCCCACCAUACACCCUCAAUGGCAGCCAUUUCACUUUGGUAACAUUAUCACGGUGAAUGGAAAAGUUUGGCCACGCAUGACCGUACGACGUCGUAAGUAUAGAUUCCGGAUAAUCAACGCCAGCAACUGUAGAUUCUUUAGACUCUUCUUCACCAAUGGCUUGCAACUCACCCACGUGGCAUCAGAUUCUGCGUACAUAGAAGAGCCGGUGACAACAGAGGAAGUUGUAGUGGGGCCAUUUGAGAUCGCAGAUGUGAUUGUUGACUUUUCUCAAUCAAAGAAUGACACAGUUAUCUUAGCAAACAGUGCACCAUCUCACUUCCCUUUUGGAGAUCCAGUGAAUGAAGCGAACAGCAAGGUGAUCAAAUUCUUUAUAAAACCUGAUCCAGAAAUUGACACAUCACAUAUACCGAAGAAGUUGCUGAAAUACCCUGAUGCAGAUUUAUCAAGUGUGUCGCACACAAGGUACAUUACAAUGUUUGGGUAUGGAGGAGGAAAAAAGAGAGGAGAUGCAACUCACUUAUACUUAAAUGCAGAACCUUUCGAGUCGCCGGUGACAGAAACUCCAAAAGAGGGAUCAACGGAGGUGUGGUAUGUGAUCAAUCUUACACAGGCCAAUCAUCCCCUUCACAUUCAUUUAGGAUUGUUCAAGGUGGUGGAUCAAACCGAGCUGGUGAACAUUGACGAGUUUAAUGAAUGCAUGAGGAAACAUAAUAAUGCGACUGAGUGCCGCGUGGAGGAGUAUGCACGUGGCAAGAAACUAGAGGUGCCAGCUCAUGAGCGGGGGUGGAAGGUCGUGUACAAGAUGACACCCAUGUGUGUGACGAAAAUUGUAGUGAGGUUUGGUUAUAUACACACAAAUGCAUCGUAUGAAUUUGAUGCAACUGCAGAACCUGGUUACUUGUAUCAUUGUCAUGUGUCAAACCAUGAAGACAAUGUGAUGAUGAGGCCUUUGAAAUUGAUAAAAGGCGGCGUAUAA